AUGGCUAAGGCACAAAGCUCCUCCUACUUUGUGAUCUUGGCACUUUCUAUAGCUGUGAAUCUGUUAUUGGUUUUCCAAUUCUGUGUGGAUGGAGAGUGGAGACUCACUUGGAGUAAAGGAGCAGCAGAGGAAGCUGAGCGUGUGGCAGCAAUUUCUUGCUCAGGGUCAUGGAAGAGCCUAUUUGGAUGGGUUGGUUCUUGA